GUCACCUGUAGGGGGCGUGUAUUUACUUAACUCAAAAUUUUCACAUGUGGUAAAUAAUUUAGAAUUGUUGAUGAAAUGGCUGCUUCUACAAAAAACUUACUGCUUUUGUCAACAUCAACUGUUCAUGGAACAGAAUACCUGCAGUAUGCUUCUGAACAUAUAAAGACAUUCUUAUCAAAGUAUGUACAUGGUAGAAGUUAUGCAUUUUAAAUCAAAAGUGCUGUUCUUUCAAUACAUUUAUUGUGCAUGAUAAAUAUUCAUUAAAAGUAGAGCAAUAAUGAACACAGUUCGCUUGAAUAACACUGUUGUAAUGGACUUCAUCCUGUUUGAGAAUAGAAAAUUAGGUCCAAAAUUGAGGUCAAAGGCCCAACUUAAUGCAAAAAGUGAUCAGCUGAAUAUAUAGCAAGAUUCAAACAAGGAGAAAAAGAAACAAAUAAUAAGAUACAUUAAAGAGGCAAAUAAUGAUACAAAAACAUAUACUGAAGCAGUGACAUAGCUCUUUACCAAUUAAAAAUGUGUUUGUAGGAGAUCACUUUGAGGUGAAGGGGACAGCAACAAUAGAAUGGCAAUGUUGAUUAGGUGGAAUGUAUCAAAUAUACUAUUCAUUCCCUAUGCAUUAAAAGAUUAUGAUGCCUACACAAACAAAGCAAGGAAAGCAUUAGAAACUUUCGGCUUCAAAGUUAAAGGUAUUCAUGAAAUGGACAAUCCUGUAUCAGCAGUAGCCAAGGCAGAGGCUGUGUUUAUAGGAGGAGGAAAUACCUUUCAGCUACUAAAGAGCCUAUAUGACAAAAACAUUGUGGAACCUAUUCAACAGAGAGUGUUAAAGGAUGGGAUGCCUUACAUAGGUAGUAGUGCCGGAACAAAUGUUGCUACUGUCAGCAUUUGCACAACAAAUGAUAUGCCUAUAGUGUAUCCACCAACUUUCCAGGCACUUUCACUUGUACCUUUUAAUAUCAAUCCACAUUAUUUGGACCCUGACCCUUCUUCGAAGCACAUGGGGGAGACACGUGAGGAGCGAAUCAGACAGUAUCAUGAAAUUUCUGGAAUGCCACCUGUCCUAGGAAUGAGAGAGGGGUGUAUUUUGCAUGUGGAAGGCAAUAAAGCUGUUCUUAAGGGAUUAUGUGGAGCAAAAUUAUUUAGUCCUGCAAAGCAGCCUAAAGAACUGGAUGUUGGAGCGGAUGUUAGUUUCCUGCUGCAAAUUUAAGUUUAUUCUUCAGCCCUUUACCCCACUUAUCAGUGCAAGAACUGUAAAGAAAAUGUUAAUGGAGAAGAUAAGGAUAUCUACUUGCACCAAUUAACACGAUUAUAAUAAUAAAUGCCUUGGUGGAAAACCAUGUUAUUUUACAUUAUAGUUUGUUAUUGCAGCAUUUUAAUGUCUUACUUAAUAAUUUCAUGAGUUUUAUAUCUUAUUUGAUGAAAACAGACACAAACAUUCAGCAUUCAAAUACAAAUUUUUAGAUCAACAAUGUUGUUGAUAUUCUGACCUGGAGUUUCCAUUUUUUAAAUUUUUAGGUCACGAAUAUUCAUAUUACAAUGUAACACCACCAUAAUAAGAAUGAUGUUUUGCUCAAAAAGAUUUCAGGACCUUUCAUACACUAUGUGAUCAAAAGUAUCCGAACACCCCCAGAAACAUACAUUUUUAAUAUUAGGUGCAUUGUGCUACCACCUACUGCCAGGUACUCUAUAUCAGCAACCUCAGUAGUCAUUAGACAUUGUGAGCGAGCGGAAUGGGGCACUCCGUGGAACUCACGGACUUUGAAUGUGGUCAGUGAUUGGGUAUCACUUGUCUCAUAAUGUCUGUACAUGGGUUUCCACACUUCUAAACAACCCUGGGUACACUGUUUCUGAUGUGAUAGUGAAGUGGAAAUGUGAAGGGACACACACAGCACAAAAGUGCACAGGCCGACCUCGGCUGUUGACUGAAAGAGACCACAGACAAUUGAAGAAGAUCGUAAUGUGUAAUAGGCAGGCUUCUAUCCAGAUCACCACACAGUAAUUCCAAACUGCUUCAGGAUCCACUGCAAGUACUAUGACAGUUAGGAGGGAGGUGAGAAAACUUGGAUUUCAUGGUCAAGUGGCUGCCACACAUCAUGCCAGUAAAUGCCCAACAACGCCUUGCUUGGCGUGAGGAGCGUAAGCAUUGGACAACUGAAGAGUGAAAAAAUGUUGUGUGGAGUGACGAUUCACGGUCCACACUGUGACGAUCCAAUGGCAGGGUUUGGGUGUGGCGAAUGCCCAGUGAAUGUCAUCUGCUAACGUGUGUAGUGCCAACAGUAAAAUUCGGAGGCAGUGGUGUUAUAGUGUGGUCAUGUUUUUUUGUAAAGAGGGCCUGCACCCCUUGUUGUUUUGCAUGGUACUAUCACAGCACAGGCCUACAUAGAUGUUUUAAGCACCUUUCUGCUUCCCACUGUUGAAGAGCAAUUCGGGAUGGUAUUUGCAUCUUUCAACAUGAUCAAGCACCUGUUCAUAAUGCACAUGACAAUAACAAUAACAUCCCUGUAAUGGACUGGCCUGCACAGAGUCCUGGCCUGAAUUCUACAGAAAACCUUUGGGAUGUUUUGGAAUGUUGACUUCAUGCCAGGUCUCACAGACUAACAUUGAUUCAUCUCCUCAGUGCAGCACUGUUAAGAAUUGGCUACCAUUCCCCAAGAAACCUUCCAGCACCUGACUGAACAUAUACCUGUGAGAGUGGAGGCUGUCAUCAAGGCUAAGGGUAGGCCAACACCAUAUUGAAUUCCAGCAUUACCAAUGGAGGGCACCAUUUUCAGCCAUGUGUCUGGAUACUUUUGAUCACAUAGUGUGUGUCACUGAAUCUAGUCCACCGUAGAGCAGGAUGAACAAUUUGACUCUGCAUCCCAGUUUUGCACUGUAACUUGCACUGGAAAGCAGCCUGUUACUUUUUACUUGUGAUUUAUAUGAUUCUCUAGGCUAUUAAAUAUUACUUUUUUAGUAACUGCC